UAGUGCAGGGGAGGGGAAUAAUCAGACUACUCCCAAGGUGCAUUGCGCUUCUCUGUCACCCUCCCGGUAUAGAAGACGUUUGUCCCGACUCUGAGCCCACAAACCGAGCCUAGCUACCGCCUGUGACUGUUAUCUGUCAUUACCGGAACCAGGACAAUCCUAGGACAUCUUCUCCGUCCUCAUACAUCUAUACAGCCAGUGUCCUCCACAGACCAGAGCCGACUGACAAGUCCGGACAUAUCCCACAGUCCGCCAUCUCUCGUCUACACCGUCUGGACGACCUAUCGACCGACCUACCUCAACCGACCGACAUUCCGUCCACACCCAGCACCCAUUCUAGUCUGAAUGAGAAGAUGGAGCGAGGGGGCAUCAUCACACCCGAAUCUCGGCCGAGCCCUUGGGGUUUACCUGCAAAGCCUGUGAGUCAGUGCUCCCUGACAGACGUCAUGAGUGAAGAGCUGGCCAGAGAGCUGCAGCUAGAGGAAGAGAGACAUGUGUUCCCCGAACAAGUGCUUGCCGAUGAAGAUGCUUUGUUAACCAGUGAUAACAUUGAUACAUCAAGUGAUGCGGUGUUGGCUCAGAUGCUGCAGACGCAGUUUGACAAGGAGUAUGAUGCUCAGCUUCUCAGAGAGGAGAAGAAAUUUAAUGGCGACAGUAAAGUUUCCAUAUCCUUUGAAAACUAUCGCAAGGUGCAUCCAUGUGAAGAUAGCGACAGCUCCGAGGAUGAAGUGGAUUGGCAGGAUACCCGCCACGACCCAUAUAAAGCUGAUAAACCAACCACCACCCCCAAAAAAGGAUUCAUUGGUAAAGGUAAAGACAUUACAACCAAACAUGAUGAGGUUGUGUGCGGCAGGAAGAAUACAGCUCGGAUGGAGAAUUUUGCCCCAGAGUUUCAAGUUGGAGAUGGAAUCGGAAUGGAUUUGAAGUUGUCCAAUCAGGUUUUCAAUGCAUUAAAGCAACACUCAAUCUCUGAACAGCGCAAGAGUGCCAGAGUGCAUGACAAAAAGGAAGUGUCAACAACUGAAAAAGUGGUGGACCCAAAGACCAGACUACUUUUGUACAAAAUGGUGAAUGCUGGGAUACUGGACUCCAUUAAUGGUUGUGUGAGCACUGGAAAAGAAUCGGUUGUGUUUCAUGCAAAUGGAGGAAGCAUGGAUGACCAGAAAGUACCUGCUGAAUGUGCCCUAAAGGUUUUCAAGACAACUCUAAAUGAGUUUAAGAACAGAGACAAAUACAUUAAGGAUGAUUACAGGUUCAAGGAUCGCUUCAGCAAAUUGAAUCCACGCAAGAUCAUCCGAAUGUGGGCAGAAAAGGAAAAGCAUAACCUGAAGAGAAUGGAGAAAGCUGGCAUUCCAUGCCCAGAAGUAGUUAUGUUAAAGAAGCAUGUUUUGGUCAUGUCUUUUAUUGGGAAGGAUCAAGUACCUGCUCCCACCCUUAAAGAAGCUAAGCUUGGUUUGGAAGAAUCCAAAGUUGCUUAUUACCAGGUCCUUGCUAUGAUGAAGCAGCUUUAUGAACAGUGUACACUUGUUCAUGCUGAUCUGAGUGAAUAUAACAUGAUGUGGCAUGAAGGGAAGGUGUGGCUUAUUGAUGUCAGUCAGUCGGUUGAGCCUACACAUCCACAUGGACUGGAAUUUCUGUAUAGGGACUGCAGGAAUGUGUCGCAGUUCUUCCAGAAAUGUGGUGUUGCAGAGACUCUCAAUGAACGUGAACUCUUCAAUAUGGUCUCCGGCCUGAAUAUUGCCUCUGAUAAUCAAGUGGAUUUCCUUGCAGAGAUUGAAACCCUGGAGAAAAUGAAUGAAGAUCAUGUUCAGAAUCAUGCAAAGAAGGUUUCUGCCUUCCAAAAAGAUGAUGAUGAUGGACCUCCAAGAAUAUAUGACGAAUAACCCUGAUGUGAUGCUCAUGCAGAGUUGCUGAACAAAAAAGGCAAAACAUGGUUGUCAUCUCCUGACGACAUUAACGCAGUGCUUCAUUUCCCUGCCAAAUGCAGGUUGGAAGUGCUGAUACAGAUCACCAUUCACCCUAGAGAACACCGUUCCCGAUCUAGAGUAUGAUGUCUGCUUACACGCCUCCAACAUGGUUUGGCAUGGCACAGAAGUGCAGACUUUGCUCUGAUUUUUAUGAUAAGAUGGUCCAGUUGCUUUGCUACUCAUUGAGCUGUGUGAAAGCAGAUGGGUUGAAUCCAGAAAAGUGUGCUUGGGGUGACUGGUUUAAAAAAAAAAGAAAAAAAAAUAUUGUGAAAGUUAAAUAUUUUACUUUGGAGUUGAGUGAAGGGGGAAACCGUUUUUCCUCCAGGUUUUGGAUUGAGCAAAUCUACAUUUUGGUAACUUCUGGAAUUACAUGGAGUUGUCAGAAGGGUGCUGACCCUUUUAUCAAAUAACUAUAGAUCUCUCAAAACAUCAACAUGAGAUAAUAUAAUCUAAACCUAUAUUAACCUGAAUAGUUUUUAACAUUAAUAAUAUGAUCCUUUUGACUCUAGUUAGCCUGUGGCCUGAAAGUUCUAUCUAGAAAAUAACAAAGAUGUGCUUUUUACUAAAGUUUCUUUACUUCUUUACUGCUUUAUAGAUAAUUCUAAUGACUACUACAUAAUAGUAAUGUAUCCGUGUAAUCUCCAGGUCUAAACUAGAAUAGAAAUAAAGAGUUUUGAAUGCA